GGCCGGGAUGCUUCGCGACCCCCGCCUUUCGGCUCCAUCUCCGCCUGAACAACCAGAAGGAUGGGAAAGGGGGUUUAGGGCGCGAGAUGGCAGGGGGAAUGGGGAAGGAGAGAGACGGAGUCGGGAGAAGGACCGACCCUUUGGAGGAGGGGCAUGUGUACCCAGUGUGUGUGUGUGUGUGUGUGUGUACGCGCGCGCGCGCGCCUGCUGCAUGCUGCACGAUUGCUCGUUUUUUUUGUAUGUGAGGGUGUGUACCUGUUUGUCCCCUGGAGUCGGCGCUCAGUUCCGCGCCCGCAGGGUGUACAGAGUAAAUUCCUGGAGGAAUUACUAAGCUUGCCUGUUGUCACCUGGCUAACAUCGACGCCCGCCCCCUUCUCUCCGCAGCCUGGGGCCCAGGCCAGGGCCACCAUGGUGCUGCCUCCAGGCCCAGCUACCCUCCCGCACACACUGCUGCUCCUGCCAGCCCUUCUGAGCUCAGGUUGGGGGGAGUUGGAGCCACAAAUUGAUGGUCAGACCUGGGCCGAGCGGGCACUGCGGGAGAAUGAACGCCACGCCUUCACCUGCCAGGUGGCGGGAGGGCCUGGUACCCCCCGAUUGGCCUGGUACCUGGAUGGACAGCUGCAGGAGUCCAGCACCUCCAGACUGCUCAGCGUGGACGGGGAGGCCUUCUCUGGAGGCACCAGCACCUUCACUGUCACUGCCCAGCGGGCCCAGCAUGAGCUCAACUGCUCCCUGCAGGACCCGGGCAGGGGCCGGUCAGCCAACGCCUCCGUCAUCCUCAAUGUGCAAUUUAAGCCGGAGAUUGCCCAGGUCGGGGCCAAGUACCAGGAAGCUCAGGGCUCGGGCCUCCUGGUUGUCCUUUUUGCCCUGGUGCGUGCCAACCCACCUGCCAAUGUGACCUGGAUCGACCAGGAUGGGCCAGUGACUGUCAACACCUCCGACUUCCUGGUGUUGGAUGCCCAGAACUACCCCUGGCUUACCAACCACACUGUGCAGCUGCAGCUCCACAGCCUGGCGCACAACCUCUCUGUGGUAGCCACCAACGACGUGGGUGUCACCAGUGCCUCACUUCCGGGCCCAGGGCUCCUGGCCACCCGGGUGGAAGUGCCACUGCUGGGCAUCGUUGUGGCUGGAGGGCUUGCCCUGGGCACCCUGGUGGGAUUCAGCACCUUGGUGGCUUGCCUGGUCUGCAGGAAAGAGAAGAAGACCAAAGGCCCUUCCCGGCGCCCAUCUCUGAUCUCUAGUGACUCCAACAACCUGAAACUCAACAAUGUGCGCCUACCACGGGAGAACAUGUCCCUCCCCUCCAACCUGCAGCUCAACGACCUCACUCCAGACACCAGAGGUACAUCCAGAUCCUCUGUUUGUUUCUGCAUUAUCUUCAGAGGUGCUUCUGAAAAAAGAGAGACCCUGGUACUUAGGAGGGGCUGGGCCCCAUCAGUCAUACUCCUUGUCCUGGGCACCAUGCACUUUGUCACCCAACAGGAAAACCAGCAGACGGCCAGAUGGCUCAGAACAACAGCCGACCAGAGCUUUUGGACCCAGAGCCUGGUGGCCUCCUCACCAGCCGAGGUUUCAUCCGUCUCCCAAUGCUGAGCUACAUCUAUCGAGUGUCCAGUGUGAGCAGUGAUGAGAUCUGGCUCUGAGCUGAGGGCGAGAUGAGGGUACUCUCUUGGCCCCUGGGCCUCUCCUCCUUCUCCUCCAAGACAUCCUCUGUCUGGCCACGUUGUCAACGUGAAGAGGUCAUGCCACUGCCACUUUUACCUGCCCUCCUGGCUGGAGUGCCCUCUGUGUCAUCCACAUGCUGCGUUUCACUGGGAUCUGACCCUCAGGGGGACAGGUAUCCUUGGCAAGGCUGCCAGCUGGCUCUAAGCCCCUUGUUCUCAGGUUGGGGGCUUGCAUGUCAUGCCUGUGUCCAGACAGAUGGAGCUCUUUGUCCAGAGGUCAUCCAGCAUCUAAGUGUGGCAUGGCCCUGUUGGCUUGGACCCACUCUGUGCCCCACACCAGUAUCCUUUGCACCGUGUACAGCGGGCAUGGGGGCAUGCCUGGUUGGGGGACAGAGGGCCCUGCACGUCUUGGAUUUCCUUCCCAUGCUAUGCUGCUUUGUUCCUUCAGGGAAAAUUUAGGACCCUGCUGGCUGUAUAGAACCAAACUGCCCUUUGCAUAGGAACCAACCCCUGGCUCAGGGGCAUUGGCCAAGCACAAACUAGUCCCUUUUGCUGCAUACCUCUCUGCCCUUCUCUGUCCCCUCUGCCCCACCUCCUCUUGGGCAUCAUAGGUUACACACUGGACCGUCUCCACUUCUUCACCUGGCACUAGACUUCCCCACUGGCCUGGCCCCUGGAGUUGCCAGCGCCUGGUGUUAGCACAAGUCAGGAAGAAAAGAGGGAGGUGAGAAGUCCAGUGGCAUCCAGGACAGCAUGUGGCUAUUUUCUUACA